CCGGCGUUCCUGGCUGCAGCCUCUACAGCUGGCGGAGCGACCGCACAGCGAUGCACCCUGGACACAACCGAGAAGCUCCGCGUCUUUAACGUCCUCCUGAAAUGCGUUCAGGCUGCGCAACGAGCCGCAUCUCUACCUGUGGCCUCCACAAACACAGACACCCCGCUUCUGUUCCUCAGCUCCACCAAACGUAGCGCCAGGGGAAGGGGGGAGGCUUUGGAGGAACAGCUCACUGAAGAAACCCAGCCACUUUGGACUCAGGCAAGCCGCUGAACGCUCACCGCGCCUCGGCCCCUGGGCACCUCAGCCUUGCUCCUUGUUGGAGAAACCUUCUGAUCACAGUCUGGACUCUGAAUUCAUUCCUGGCAGCAGUCCGCCCUGGAUACCUCUCUGUCUGGUUAAACGAACCCUGUCCACCCUCCUACGGUUCCUCCUGGAUCAUCAAGAAGCCCCCAACGGAAUCAGCACAGCCUCUCUAUCUCAGACUCACACCAUUUUCCCCCUGGCGGAUUCCCUCACCCGAAUAGCCACCAGUUUGGACCAAAUUGACGAAUUGUCAUAGUCAUUGGAUGGUGUUCCAUUAUAACAUUCAUCUCCACCAGUGUGUAAUCCCUGGUGACUUUGCCAUCCUCCUGACCCAACUUCUGGCAACACAAAUUAGAAUAAAAAAGCUGGUACCUGUUCAAUGUCCUUGGCCCACACAGUGUGAUGUAUCAUGGCUCCAGUGCUGAGUGGAGUGCGGUGGCUGUCGCAGGCGAGAGUUUUUGGGUCGGGGACGGCAGCUGCCGCCAACGCCGCGCCCUGGCCGCAGAGUGAGCAGCUGGUGUUGGUCAUCACCCUCAGCAUUGUAACUGGCUUGUUCCUGCUCUCUGUGCUGCUGGGGCUGUGUGCCAGCUGCCAGGGGCAGAAGAAAGCAACAAAUGGACAUCCCGCAGGAGACCAAGAAAACCUUGUAAAUGGAGUGUCGGAGAAAGAGAUGAUCAGCCAAUCAGCAGACAGUCCGGUGAUUGACGCGGCUGUCAGCAGCUCUCACAACGGUCCUCUAACCAGCGGUACAAUCCUUUCAGACACGCAGGACACCAGCCCUCAGUUGUCCGAGGAGCUGCUCUCCAGCCAAUCAGAGCUCCGGUCCUCUAAGUGUCAUCAGGACCGAGAGCUUCCCAGCAUCCCUCCUGGCAGCGCCCUUAUGGAGGACAGACCCCCAGCCUCAGGAGACAGCACUUAUGAGGUGGUGAAGGAGAUUGCGGUGGCAUCCCGCGACGUCAGCGUCGAGGACUCUUUGUACGAGACUGUCAAGGAGAUCAAAGACACCUCUGUGCAGCCUCGCCUCACCAACGGUACCAUCCAACCAAGCCCCAGUGAACCCCCACCUCAAUCUCUUGUUAACGGCCACCCAAGCCCCUGCACCCCGGAACGGGGGCCGCUGUGCGAGGGGGUGGAGUACGCCUCGGUUGACCUGCGAAAGAAGAGCCGUCACAGCGCUGACAUAGAGGCCAAAAGGUGCCCCGAUAACGCUGCCAUUCCCUCACACAAGCCUCCGGAGGAGCCAGAGGACAGGCCACCGCCAGUACCAAGGAAGGUUCUGGACGAAAACGACAACCAGUCAAUGGUGAUGAAUGGUCUGGAGGUGGCUGGGCUGCACAAUGGUGAGUUAAAAUACCCUAAGUCUCCUCCACCGGACUUUGAAGACCACCCACUAUCAGAUAAUGAAUCACCACUGUACUCUACAGUUAACAAGACCCACUGCAACCAGGCCGUUAACGAGGAAGACAAAGAGCACGACUACAGCAGCAUCGCAGAGAUCAAAGGUCUGGUUCCAGCCUCGUCCUCCAGCGACCUCUAUGCCACAGUCCAUGAUUUCUACCCUCAACCUGAUGAGCCCCAGCCAGGGGAUGGGCCCCCAGUGGACAGCACAGAUCCCGGCUAUGAAUCAAUCCGCAUCCCAAAGACUAGUAGCUCGGAUGACGAUCACGGAGCCGGGAACUCCAAGCCGGAGCCUGACUACGAAAGCGUGGGAGAGCUGGGUCUGGGUCGGGAAAUGUCCCGCCUUUGAGUUAACUGCCUCACUAUUGUAUCUCCCAGUAGCACUUUGAAGCAGCUGUGUAGGAUGCCUUUGAUGCAGACUGCUUCUCAUAGUUUCCAUCAUAACUAGUGUAUAUCUUCUUUACAGCUUAGGUACGGUUUAUCAUAUCUAAACGUCUUUAUUUAUCAACCAGAGUGAGCGACAUCGGUACUGGUAGGCCUUAAGAACUCUUAAAAACACAUUCUAAAGCCUGGUCAACAGAGAUAAAUAAAUAUAUCAAUCUAGUGCCAUAUAGCGUGCAUAAACGUCAUUCCCAACUGUAUUAUGUGAAGGUUAGAUUAUUUGUAGGAUCUCUCUGCAGCAUUUAGUCUUUCAGGAUUCUAUAUAACUCAUAUUUUAUUGAAGCUUAAAAGGUGUCUUUCAAGGCCUUCCUUUGUCAUGUUUGCAGCACCUCCAUCUCACUAAAUGUUCCUGUGAGAGGGUUCCUGGCAGGAAAAAAAAAAAAGAGUCAAUUGAUGACCAAACAGUGGUGAUAUUUGGUCGUAUACGCUGUCAGACAGAGACUGCUACCUGCUUCUGUGGGCUUGACAUUUGAAAAGUCGUAAACAAUCACUGCGAAGGAAAAUAAGGGUGAUUUUCAAUGAAGUUUAGGGUUUCAUAGUACAUUUGGACCUUUCUAGAAAUGUCUGGGUCCAUGGCAACAAUUUUGUUGUACAAAUCAUAUUGUAUUUAUUUGAAAAUGUUUAUUAUUGUGUAAUUGUUAAAUGUUUCUGACUGUGUCUGUGAGAGGAUUUUAUAGACGUUUCUUGCAUUUUCAUUGAGAUGUUAAAUGAAGGUUAACAGAGGGUUUGAUGCCAGGUACGUGUUCCUUUAAUUUUAUUAUGCUAGGAGGUCAGUUUCCACAAACUUCGAAGUACUUAUAUGUUUAAAUGACACAACACACUUACCUUAUUGUGUUAUUUAUUAACAGUUUUUAGUUGUUUUGGUACAAGGGACUGUCUUCAGUUCCUUCAAAGCACUUGAAUUAGUUUAAUGGUACUGCAGACAUUAUCACCACAGUCCAGUUGUUCAAGCACCUUCCACAUGGAUUAGCACCUCUUGUAAAGAUCUGCAUAAGGCUUAAAAAUAAAUUAAUUUCUAUUUCAAGAGCAUAAUCUCAUUCUGAAUGUGUGUGUGUGUGUGUGUUGGCAAAAACAACGGAGUUCCUUCACAUUAUUGAAAAGCAUAGAAAUUAAUUUAUUUGUCCAAACUUGGAUAAGAAUAAAAUGUUUUAUUUAAUUUAUAGGCUACCUACCUAUAACUUUGAUUUGGCACAUCAGGACUUAGGCUUCAGUCCAAGUCAUCUAUCCUUUUAAUUUCUUAUUUCAGUGACAGAACCCAGAUAUAAUUACACUUCCAGAAAAUAAAAGAGCAUUUUCACCUCAUUAUUGCCCUUUAAACCCUCUUAGAUCAAUACUUUAAUAUUUAUGUGGUGUAGAUGGCAUAGAACCACCGCAUAAUAGGACAAGUAGUCAUGUUUUGACAUGUAGCAUAAGGUAGAGAUCACAAAUUGCUUUUCAGAAUCCACAUUUAGCGUAGGAUAAUCCACUACAGCUUUAUGAUAGGUUAUAGAUUUCUAAAAAAGAGCUAAACUAAGUUGGCCCACAUGCCAGAAAAGCUGUGGAAAAGCCCUUUACCAGACCUCUGAAUCAACAGCAUUGUGUUGUUUCUAGAUCUGUGAAUCAUACAGCUAAUAAAACCAAACUAGGAAAAUGUUUUCUAGGCAAAUGUCCAGAAUGUUGGGGGAAAAAAACACAAAGUAAAAUAUACAUUAAUAUAUUCCACAAUUUUAUUAUUUGGAAAUGGCAAUAAAUGUGACAUUUUUAAGUAGUUUUUGCGUAAACUAAAUAAUUAUUCUUUAAUAUAUUUUCCCCUAACUGAAUACAUGUGCUCAAGUUAAAGGUAGGAUUUGUCUAAAUCUUUUAUUGUGUGAUUAUGCUUCUAUAAUAAAAUAUUAAUUCAUUUUUAACUCUUUUUGCACAUCUUUAAUACAGGUGCCAAUGAAAUCAGAGGGUCUGUAUCUGUAAACAUUCUGCACAUAAUGCAUUUUAGAUCCAUCUAUUUAACAGCUUGUACUGACGAAACGCUGACUAAGGCAUGUAUAUAGGUAAAGCACUAUUUUAACCAACUGUUAUUCACAGGAAAUGUAAUCUUAUACUAUUUUGUUUAAUGUCCAGAGAUGUAGAAUGUUUUAUUUUUUUUUAAUCUAAUAGCAGUAAUGAAUGUCCAACUUGUUUUGGUGUCUUUUUUUUGUUGUUGGCCAUAACAAAGUGGUAACCAAUCGGAUGUGAGUCAGGUGGUACAAUUAUUUUGGUACAAGCAUUGGAAGAAGAGUUUGGUACUUAAAUUAGGGGAGAAAAGUCUUAAAUAUGUAUACUUGGUUAUAAUUUUGCUGUACUUUUAUUCCUCUUUGCCACAUUAUCUACUCCCUUUGCAGAAACAAUACUGCCAGCCCCUUCAACCAAUUUCCAAAUAUUAAAGUGUUACAAUAUCUCCAGUUAGUCUGUUUCAUGAAACGUGCUGGAGGGUGUUAAGCACCGCCAGCCAGCUCAUUCUGACCGGUAAUCGAUUCCUAAAUGAUUACUUUUCCCUGUGCUCAGCCUGUGAAUUAGUAUUUUACAUCCAUUCCACCCCUGGUAUUUUACAUAUAAAGACCAGUAAGAAAAUAUGCAUAUUUCUGCAAGAAGGUAAUAAUGAGUGUUGCUUAUAGUCUCUCAUGUGGAAAAUAACAAACAUUUGAGAGCAUUGCUCCCUCAUGCAGUAAUGUAGCUGCAAAUCAGGCCAUUGGAUUUUUAUGUUGUUCUUAGAAUGCUAUAAAGGACAUGUAAGGAAAUACCAAAGGGAGAUGUUUUGGUGCCAAAUCUAAUCAGAACAGCAUGCAUUAGUAGACCUAAACUCAGUUGUGCUCAUUCAACUCCUGUCCUGAUCUUAUAAACACACAGAUUUCCCGCUGCAGGGAGGGCGGGUGUAGUUGAGGUCUGCUGAAGUGCACUCCUCCUGAUGCCUUGUCUUUAGGCCCACUCCUCCCCUAAUGAGACCAUUUGUUCCCCCCAAAUAGGCAGCAGACAACUCUGUUGUGACACCCGCCUUUGAUCAAAGGGCAAAGCCCGUUUUGGCGGUUAUAGCCACAUCUGUUGUGGCACUAUGUCCAGUUUCCAGUCUUUGCGUGUAAAUAUUUUAUCACAUGAAUUCUUCUAUUAAACUAUGAAUAUUAUGAAA